UUGUUUCCAGUCUAAUCAGAAGCACCAGAUUGUUCUAAUGAGAGCUGUCAAUAAGGGGAUUUCAAUUAGAUACUUUCACCUCCAGGUCGAGUGCUUUCAAAUGGAAGCUGCCGGGAUGGCCAGGCACCUCACAGCGCUCGGGCUGGGAGCGCCGUGCUCUGCGGGUCAGGGCGCAAUUUAAUCGCCGGCGGAGGUGGGAGAAGGAACGAGAGCGGGACCAGCGGUUGUGCCGAUCCCACGGCCCUGCCAGCUACCGGGCCGGACUGCUGCCUCCCCCCCCCGGGACCGGGGAGCGCUGCGGGCAGGGCGGGCACGGCAGCGGCGAGGAGCCGGGCACUGCUCCAAGGAGCGGCUGAUCGAACCGAACCGGGCCGUGCUGGACGGGACCGCGCCGUAGCGCGGAGCGGAUCCGGGCGCUGCUCGCGGUGCUGCAGGCGGCGCUGCCGCUGUCCGCGGUGCUGCAGGAGCGGCGCAUCCCGGACACGCCCGCCCCCCCCCGCCCCCCCGGCGGCCGCAGCCGGCCCAUGAGCCCGGCCAUGGAGCCCCGCAACGCAGGCUCGGAGGGCACCGGCUACAACGAGGCGCUGCUGCACAAGACCAUCCUGGUUGGAGACAGCGGUGUGGGGAAGACGUCUCUGCUGGUCCAGUUUGACCAGGGCAAGUUCAUUCCAGGCUCCUUCUCUGCCACUGUGGGCAUCGGGUUUACGAACAAGGUAGUGGCAGUGGAUGGGGUGAAGGUGAAGCUGCAGAUCUGGGACAUGGCAGGACAGGAGCGGUUCCGCAGCGUGACCCACGCCUACUACAGGGAUGCCCAAGCCCUGCUCCUGCUUUACGACAUCACCAGCAAAGUGUCCUUCGACAACAUCCGUGCAUGGCUGACAGAGAUUCAUGAAUACGCACAGCAGGACGUGGUCCUUAUGUUACUGGGAAACAAGGCCGAUGUGAACAGUGAGAGGAUGGUGAGGACAGAGGAUGGAGCCUCACUGGCCAGGGAAUAUGGGGUGCCCUUCAUGGAGACGAGCGCCAAGACCGGCAUGAAUGUGGAACUGGCCUUUCUGGCCAUUGCCCGGGAGCUGAAGCAGAGAGCGGUGCAGCUGCCAGAGGAGCCACGCUUCCAGAUCCACGACUACAUUGAGGAGCAGCAGAAGAGAUCCAGCUGCUGCGCCUUCCUUUGAUGGGGAUGGGCACGGAGUGGCUGCCCUGGGCAUGGUGGGCUGGGAGGAGCAGGGCCAAAUCCUGCCCAUGGUGGAGCAGAGGGUCACGGCUCUGUUCCUGCAGGGCUCUGAGCAGGGCUGGAUCCCAUUGCCCUGUGGGGCUGUGCCAGGAUCAUCCCGAGUGCCCCAACCACGCUGUCAGCAUCAGCCCGGCCCAUGUGCUGGGGUGUCCCUGCCUGUCCAUCCCGCUGCAGUUGGCACCACAUACAGACACCCCCGGAGCACCCGGUGGCCGCUGAGGGCACUUCCAGUACACGCAGCACUUUGGAAAAGCUUUGUUUUCCCCUCUUGCAGCUGCAGAAAUUGGAAGCUUUUCUAUUGUUAUUUACUUCCCUUUGAGGGAAAAGCUUUUUUCUUCCCAGUCGUUCCAGACAAACCCAUCACUUGGGCUGUGGAUGGGGCUGAAGUGGCCCAUGGCAUCACACCCCGGGCACUGUGCUGUACGGGGCAGGGAGACGGGGAAUAUCUGGGUGUGCUGCUCCAGAUGCCAAGGGCAGCUGCAGAGGGCACCACUCUGAUGCACUUGGGGUCAAUUGGUCACAUCCAUCCCCACGAGGACCCCCCUUUCCCAGAGCCCCCUUCACCCCCGCGCCCCCCUCGGGUCCCUCUUUGCAAGUGCACAGAUUAAAGCUGGAUAUUUUCAA